GAAUUUCUUUAUACUCAUAUCACUAGAGAUCACUAGCCACUAGUAUUACAAAAAAAUUACUAAUAUUUUAUCCGUACUUAGUAGUAUCUUAAUGAGCUUCAAACGCUCAUAACAAAAUGAUUAGCAAAAAACAAAAAAAAGCAUCAAAAUCCAGUCUCAAAUGCAAACGGCAAAGCAAAGUGUCUCAAAGUGAGCUUAACCAAAAAAGCAGCACUUAGCUUUUCCUCGUUUUCUUCACCCAAAACCAAAACCUCACUCUUCCCCAUAAAUUAAAUCGCCCUGAUUUCCAAUAAUCACUUUUUUCGCACAAUUGAUUCUCCUCCUCUUACACCAUCAUGUGCAACACUCUCAUCCAUUAAGAGAGAGAAACUCAAUACGACAUGGAGUCUUCCUAUCGCCGCCGACACCGUACAUGGUGUUGCUCUUUCGCGGUUCCACCGUCAAGCCCAGAUAACCCACCGUUCAAACCGCGCAGGCCCAAGCCCGAGGCCCAAUCCAAGCCCGCUUUCUCCUCCUCCGUACCGAACUCCCCUCAGAGUUCCAAAUCCAGCUCCCGCAUUGUCGCUCGGAUCGACCCUCGCCGGAUCUUAUCCCCCGGUAGAGUCUCCCCCAUCGAAGAUGCUCUUCCCGAUCCCUCUCCGGUUCUCGAUUCCGCUCCACGAUCUCGAAGCUUCCGCGCUCCUGUCGCCAACCCCAUUCCACCGCCUCCGAUGAACUCCGCCGCUGACGUCACUGUCGGCAUCAGCGACGGAUUCGACGUGAGGAUGAGUUUGAGAGGGAAGAGCGGUGGUUGUGUUGUUCUGGAACUGAAUUCGGUGAUUCUUUGCGCUAACUCAGAGGUUUUUGCGGGGUUGAUUGGGGAUUAUAGAAAGGGUAAUUCUUCAAGUGGUAGUAAUAAAAUGUGUAGAAUUGAAGUUCCCGAAGUUGAUAAUUUGGGAGUUUUCAGAGAAACUAUUGAGCUUAUGUUUGAAGAUGAUGUUCCUAAAAGGCUUCUCAAUAUUGGUGUUUAUCGAUCCAUUGAUGUUUUGGAGGUGUCUGCGGGCAUCAUGUUCACCAAGGGUGUUUUGUCCUGUUUACAAUACCUUGAGGCUGUUCCUUGGACAGAAGAGGAAGAAGAGAAAUUAAGAAACCUGUUUACGAGAUUUAAGUUUGAUGAUGAAACUACAAGGGACAUCUUAGGAAGGCUUUACUUGCACGAUUCAGAUGAUUCAAAACCGAACGUAGCUAGUCAACUCGUUUGGUCCAUCACCACUUGUGUCAAUGCCAAUGCAAGAAAUGAGUUGAAAUCACUAGUUAAGGGUCUUGUUUGUAAAAGCUCGGUGUACGAGAAGAAUCAUCUUGACUUAAGCAAAGACGAUCUCUAUUCUGUUUGCCACUCGUGCAUUGACUCGCUGAUCAGCCUCUUUGAGGAGGCACUAGGUACCGUCCCUAAUGAAAGAUUGACAAAGAAAGACAUGAAUAAACCAAUGAUUGAACGUAUCUCAACACAGGUUGAUAACAUCAACUGGUUGUUGGAAAUCAUGCUUGAUGGACAAAUAGCAGAGGAUUUUGUGGAUAUAUGGUCUGAUCAGCACCGACUUCUUAAAAUGCAUGAUAACGCAUCCCCUAUGGUUAGAUAUGAACUCAGUAGAGUUUCAGCAAUUCUGUUUGUUGCCAUGGCUACAAGAAAAUUGCAAUGUCGGUUGGAAGCUAGAUCGGGGCUUCUCCAAGCAUGGUUUGCACCUAUGUUGUUAGACUUUGGUUGGUUGCAGAGAUGCAGAAAAGGGCUUGAUAUAAAGGUUUUGCAAGAAGCAAUGGGUCAGACACUUCUUACAUUGCCUCUAAAACAACAACACACUUUGUUCAUGGAAUGGUUUCAUCACUUCUCAAGGCAUGGCACUGAAUGUCCUAAUCUAAGCAAAGCAUUCCAAAUUUGGUGGCGUAGAUCAUUUUUAAGAGGCUCUGAAACUCAUGCCAUUGAAUCAAGAUAAAAGAGUAUCACUAUUUGUUUAUCACUUUAACUGUUUGUGUACCGUGUAAAGAUUUGCAAUUAGGUAAGGGGUUCUUAACUAUGUACACUGAAAUAACAUAGGUGAAACUCCAUAGAAUGUUGUAUUGGCAAGUUAAUGCCUGAUUGGUAUCGAAUUUUUUAGGAGAUUUUUUUCA